AUGGCGUUUUAUCUUCAACUACAGCAAGCAUUCUCCCGGUCUCAAGCCUCGGUUUCGUCUCAGCUCUCCCGAUGUCCUGUGGGAAAUCUGAGCAUUAGUUUUGAGGCUGCACAUAGAUCGGUUCUGCUAACGGCAUUCCAAGAUGUGUCACCAGGGGGUGCAUGGCGUCCGAAGAGCUGCGUUGCUAGGCAACGGAUAGCAAUUAUUAUCCCUUUUCGUGACAGGCAGGAACAUUUGGACAUUCUAGUAUAUUAUCUUGUCCCCCUUUUGAAACGGCAAAAAGUGGCUUUCCGAAUAUUCGUGGUAGAACAGUUCGGCAACAAAACCUUCAACAAAGGUCGGCUUAUGAACAUCGGGUUCAUGGAAGCGCGGAAGAACGAGGAAUUUGACUGCUUCAUCUUCCACGACGUCGAUCUCAUACCGGAAGACGACAGGAAUAUGUACACAUGCUUGGAGAGGCCUCGACAUAUGUCCCCAGCCGUGGAUAAAUUAAAGUAUAAAUUGCCAUACAAGGCGCUGGUGGGUGGGGUUCUCAGCAUGAAGGCAGAACAUUUCUUCAAGAUCAACGGAUAUUCGAACCUUUACUGGGGCUGGGGCGCUGAGGAUGACGAUAUGUUUUACAGACUUUCAGCCUCGAAAAUCGGUGUUUCACGGCCCAACAUCACAAUUGGUCGGUAUAAAGCGAUAAAACACGCGAGAGGGGAAGUCAAUAAAGCCAGAUUCAAGCUUUUAAAAACAGCGAAAACGCGUUACUUAAAAGACGGCCUCAAUACUUUGGAGUACAGAUUGGUUGAAACCCGACUUGAAAAGCUGUACACAUGUAUAACAGUGGAUAUCGGUGUUCCGCCGAAAAAUCAGACUGAAUAUCCAAUAGCGAAUGUGGGUGAUCCGCCGAAGAAUCAGACCGAAUAUCCAAAAGCGGAUGUGGGUGAUCCGCCGAAGAAUAAGAUUAAAUAUCCAAAAGCGGAUGUGAGUGAUCCCCCGAAGAAUCAGACUGAAAUCCAAUAG